UGGAGUAAUCUGCACUGGAACAUCUUCUGUUUAUCCAUCACUGUUACUUCUUCUUCUCUCUCUCUCUCUCUCUCUCUCUCUCUCUCUCUCAAAAGUACAAACCAAAUCUGCAAAACUACUGUUUUCAUGAAUUUCGAGACUGCAGAUUUGUAACAGUUUAUUAUCCAAUAGGCAGCUUAAAUUCUCCACUCUUAUGUCGUGGCCAGAAGAAGAAAAAAAAAUGUAUCUUUUUGAUUUUUGACGACAUAUAGAGAUCUUGUUACCACUUAAAGCAUACCACAAGCCGGAGCAGCUAUGGCGGCUGUUCGGUUUACGGCGGGUAUUCUGGUUUUUCUAUUACCGGCGGCGGUUUUGUCUUACGGUUUUCCGGCGGCCUUGAAACUGGAAAGAGCGGUUCCGGCGAACCACGAGAUGGAAAUCAGUCAACUCAAGGCGCGUGACAGAGCCAGACACGGCAGAUUGUUACAGUCGCUCGGCGGAGUUAUAGAUUUCCCCGUCGACGGAACUUUUGAUCCUUUCGUUGUUGGAUUAUACUACACGAAACUGCGAUUGGGAUCACCUCCAAGAGACUUUUAUGUACAGGUUGACACAGGAAGUGAUGUUUUGUGGGUCAGCUGUGCUUCUUGCAAUGGCUGCCCUCAAACUAGUGGACUCCAAAUUCAGUUGAAUUUCUUUGAUCCAGGGAGCUCAGUAACAGCAACACCGGUCUCAUGUUCUGACCAAAGAUGUAGUUGGGGUGUUCAGUCCUCUGAUUCGGGCUGUUCUGUUCAGAACAACCUUUGCGCUUACACGUUUCAGUAUGGGGAUGGAAGUGGCACCUCGGGGUUCUACGUCUCUGAUGUCUUGCAGUUUGAUAUGAUUGUAGGAAGCUCUCUGGUCCCAAACUCAACCGCUCAGGUUGUGUUCGGAUGUAGCACCUCGCAGACGGGUGAUUUAGUGAAGUCGGAUAGAGCGGUUGAUGGAAUCUUCGGGUUUGGGCAGCAAGGAAUGUCUGUGAUUUCUCAGCUUGCUUCACAGGGAUUAGCUCCGAGAGUGUUCUCACACUGCUUGAAAGGAGAGAAUGGAGGCGGAGGCAUAUUGGUUCUUGGAGAAAUUGUGGAGCCAAACAUCGUCUUUACUCCACUCGUUCCCUCACAGCCUCAUUAUAAUGUGAAUCUGCUGAGCAUCUCAGUAAAUGGCCAAGCGUUGCCUAUCAAUCCAUCGGUCUUCUCCACAUCAAACGGCCAGGGAACAAUCAUUGACACUGGUACAACACUGGCAUACCUUUCUGAAGCAGCUUAUGUUCCUUUCGUUGAAGCUAUUACAAAUGCUGUUUCGCAGUCUGUCAGGCCUGUUGUUUCAAAAGGGAACCAAUGUUAUGUAAUAGCCACGAGUGUCGCAAACAUAUUUCCUCCAGUUAGCUUGAAUUUUGCCGGUGGAGCAACCAUGUUCUUGAAUCCUCAGGAUUACCUCAUACAGCAGAACAACGUCGGAGGUACUGUUGUGUGGUGCAUCGGUUUUCAGAGGAUACAGAAUCAGGGGAUUACAAUCCUUGGAGAUUUGGUUCUUAAAGACAAAAUCUUUGUCUAUGAUCUGGUCGGUCAGAGAAUCGGAUGGGCAAACUACGACUGUUCAAUGUCAGUAAAUGUCUCUGCGACUAGCAGCAGUGGAAGAAGUGAAUAUGUGAACGCAGGACAGUUUAGUGACAAUGCCGCGCCGCAAAGCGUGUCUUUAGACAUUGUCGGAAACACUCUAAUGCUCUUACUAAUAAUGGUAAUCAACAUGUUCUUAUAGCACACAGCUUUUGCAGAUUUGCCUUGUGUAGUUUAUUAUGUACACUGUUUUAUUUGGUCGUCGGCGUGUUAUUUGUGGUCGCCGGAGAGUAAUUUUCUCCCGACCGGCGAAGCCAAGCAGAAGAAAAGUUCACUUCUUUGUUGUUUGUUUUUGUCUUUGUUUUCAUUCCAUUGUUAUAUAGUUUUGUAUGUAAAUAAUUCGUCUUUUACGUAGUGGUGUGUGGUUGUGUCGUUCUUCUGAUAAAAGGUUUUCUUUUUUACCA